AUAAUUCCCUAAACUGUCAGAUUUAUACACUGCAUUUACACUUGCUGGCCUGCAUAACAUUCUAGGGUUUUUAAGCUCACGGUCAACGAACACACGUCCACAGCGUGCAUUGCAUAAUACAAAUAUUACGUACAAUAUUGUUACUCGGAGACAAGUAAACAAAGUAGAGCGGCGACUGAUAAAAACCGAUAACACUAUCAAAGUAUUGCCAACCACGGUCAUACAAAGACGUGUGAAUCGCUAUUAAUAUAACACUCGAUAAAUACAAUCAUAAAAUAAGUAGCGAGAAUAAAAUUGAGUAAUUUGAAGAAGUUGAAGAUAAAAUGGAUAUAGACUUGAGUGGAAAGGUUGCGAUAGUGACUGGAGCUAGCUCAGGUAUUGGAGCAGAGACAGCGGUAACAUUUGCAAAAUAUGGAGCUAAGGUAUCACUAGUGGGACGAGAUGAAGUCAGACUUCUGCAGACAGUGAACAAGUGUGUCGAAGUAAGUAACGUAGUGCCACUGUGGGUGCGACUAGACCUGACGCAACCAGGAGCCUGUGAAGCAGUCAUCAACAAGACCGUAGAAACAUACGGAAAGCUAGAUAUACUAGUAAACAGUGCUGGAAAGGUAAUAUUCUCAUUCUUAUCUGACGAUUCAAUGGAGAGGUUAGAUGACUUGAUGAACGUGAACUUCAGAAUACCAUAUCACUUAUCACAGUUAGCACUACCGCAUUUGGAGAAAACGAAAGGAAAUAUAAUCAACAUAGGAACUUCAAUGUCGAGACGGACAAAACCUGGGAUGCUGGGAUAUACCGUGUCAAAGGCUGCGCUGCAGAUGUUUACAAGACAGGCGUCAUUUGAAUUAGCGCCUAAAGGAGUGAGGAUAAACUGCAUAAGUCCAGGGCCUUCGAAGACGAAUAUUUUGGCGAAUAUAAUUGUGAAUAAUCCAGAAUUGAGGGAUAUGAUCAACAAAGAUUUGAUAAAGUCGACGUCUGAUGGUAAUAUGUUGGAUCCUAAAGAGGUUGCCUUGUUGAUUUGUUUGACUGCUAGUGACGCGUUUCCGAGUCUAAAUGGUGCUGAUAUGUUGCUAGAUGGUGCAGUUUGUAUGGCUUAGAUUUUAAAGUGUUUUAUGUGUAUGAAUUGUGAGUACAAACAUUUGAUCUUAAUUAUGUUAAGGUGUAUGAAUGUGUGACUAUUUCCUUUCAUUGAUAAAUUCUUGAUAAGUAUUAUUUGUUUCAU